UCAUAGGUCAGAGGUUGCCAAGGAGAGAGGAAGAUGGCUGCCGGUUGGGUGAGCUGUUGGCUGCACUGAAACAGAUUUCGCAGGCAGAUAGUACUUCAGAGUGAAGCGCCUGUCCUGCACAUUUGACCGCUGCCCUUUAAGACAACGAAGGAAUAAGGACGCCAAUGGCCCGGCUUUACGGCUUGUUAUGGCGGCUCCUGCUGAUUCUAGUCCACGUCAACAGAGUGUUCAUCUCCUGGCUUCGUGUCCGGCUUCGGAGCUGGAAGGACCGGCUGUGGGAGCGGGCGAUGGCCGCGCUGCUGCUACCGGUAGCCCUUGCUGGGUUCCCGGGCUCGGAUCAGAAGAGGUUAAAUCACAACCCCGAUGCUAACGCUAACCCGUUAACUGGAAACCGCACUUCUAGUCGCCGGUCACGGUGGCUGUCCGACGGCAGGUCUCUGGAGAAGCUGCCGGUACACAUCGGCCUGUUGGUAACGGAAGAAGAGCCCAGCUACACGGACAUAGCAAACUUGGUGGUCUGGUGUAUGGCUGUCGGUAUAUCUUAUGUCAGCGUUUAUGACAAUCACGGUAUUUUUCGAAAGAACAACUCCCGUCUGCUGGAGGAGAUAGUAAGGCAGCAGCAGGAUUUGCUGGGUAUAGAUGGAUCCAAAUACAGUGUGGAGUUCCUGAGCAAUGACAUUGACAAACACCAGCACCACGUGGUGUCAUGCAGACCUACAGUGAAGGUGUUGUCUCCAGAGGAUGGGAAGCAGAGCAUUGUCCAGGCAGCACAGCAGCUCUGUCGCUCUGUGGAGAACAAAGAGAGGAGCUCCAAAGACAUCAGUGUCACCAUGCUGGACAUACUGCUCAGAGAGUCAAAGAAUAUUCCAGACCCUGAGCUGGUGGUGAAGUUUGGUCCUGUGGACAGCACGCUAGGCUUCCUCCCAUGGCACAUCAGACUCACUGAAUUCAUCUCCCUGCCUUCCCACAGAAACGUGUCCUAUGAGGACUUGUUGGGCGCCUUGCAACGGUACAGCGCCUGCCAGCAGCGGCUCGGCCAAUGAUGUUCAGGCCAGCUUCAGGUAAUUCAGACAGGAGGAAUUGUGAGGUUCACACAGUCAAGGGGAGAGUCUGGACAGGUGGUGACACCCCCCUCCCUCCCUCGCUGUGUCACUCACUACUCCUCUCCUCAACUCUGUCCAUCUCCUGGAUCUCUAACAGACUAACAGCUCAAAGAUGAGGAAACCAGGAGAGCCAGCCCAUUUCCUGCCACCAGCUCUUGUCUUAUAAUGAACUCACAUUCCACAGAACUUGUGGAACAUGCUCUACAAGCCAAGAGAAAAUAGCACAUCAGAGGCGCACACUGGCAUGAGAAGACUGUCUACACAGACUGUGUUCCACAAACCCUGUUCUGUCCUCUCAAAGCCACUGGCUCACUGUCUGUCAUUCAGUCUCCAGCUGCUGUUUACUGCUGAAGAAGAAAAUGACUGGCCUUCACUUAGUAGACAACAAAGAAGAAACAAGGCUUUGUGCCCGUCCUCAUGAGGCAUCCUGGGAAAUACAGCUGCAUUUUAGGGACAAGUUCAACUACCAACACCACAUGAGCUGAGCAGCAGAAGUUGAGCUUAGGGACAGAGUGGUCAAUAAUGUGUAAAUAUGAGAAUUUCACGUGGCUCUGUAUUUGUCCCUGUGCCCUUCAGCUUGCAGUUGUGUGUUCAUGUGUAGUGUUGCUUCAGACACGUCCAGAGGUUUGCUAAAGGUUCCUGUUAGACUGACCAAGCUCUAAAAUAAAGAAAAGCACUGUC